GAAGCGGGUUAGUGGGCAUAGUUGUACAAGGAUGACACUCGCCAUAUGUGCUGCCUGUGUGUUGCCGUGAAGGAUGGCAAGCUCCGGGACUGUAGAACUCUGCAGAAAUGACGGCGGAUUCAUGCACGUGCCAGAGCGCGCGCUUGGUUCCGACCUGAGCGCUGGCGCAGCCUCAUCAAUGUCAGUUCCAGUCAUGGCCCUGGCUUCCACGAGCGAACUGUCGCAAGUCACAACACCUCAAGCAGCUCCAACCUCAGGCAUACAUGAUCAGCUUGACUCUCGACCACUACCGACCUUGUGUCCCUCAUGUCCGCCCCUGGAAGAGCUCCUCAGGCAAACGGGAUCCUCUCGCCAGGCAGACACGGUCAGCUGGAUACAGUGCAGCAAAUCAAGUUGCCGGACCUGGUACCAUGCGCACUGCAUGUCUCUUGACCCCGAGCUAUUUUCACGGUGGUACUGCCCACCUUGCAUUGAUGCUUCGGUGCAAGCACCUUCCGAAGACAAUGGAAGGCGAGUGAUGGUGCUUGCAAACAAGCUGAAGCCCAUUCCCCGUCGCACGGGCCGACAGCGCACAGCCGUCGACUAUGCCGCUGUCGAGCAAGGCCGGCCGCCGAAUGCGAUAGAAAGGUGGAAAACUGUGCUGGAGUGUAACGACAAGAUUCUGCCGGAUCGCUACCGCCGUAUGCAUGGAUACGAAUGGAACAUGAGGUGGAUCGUAGAGGAUGAAACGGCCUUUGCGAACCCUGUUCUGGUGCCAGGCGCCACGAGACGAAAACUUGAAGCUCAGAGGGCAGAGGAGCUGCGCUCUCGUAAGGAAAAUGCUCAAAAGCGGCGUGGCGAAAGAGAGGCUCGGAAGGCUCAAUUUAAGGCGGAUCAACCGGGCUUAGAGUCAGAUUCGGACUCAAACAGCGGGGGCGAAGCCGAACUUCAGCCUGCACCCAUUAGCCUGGAAGACAUUCAACAAGCAUGCGACCUAGACCCAGGAACUACUCCAAAUAGUGUUCCUGCUGCAAUGCAGCAGAAGGAGCCCACAGCCGCAGAUCGUCACGACGCGUUUGCCAUCGAACCGGCCAAUUCCAAAGGCGGGGACGUUGUUUCGGCAAGCCGCCUGCGACCUGGGAUGAAACCAGUUCGUACAUCCAUCCCCGGAAUGCAGGUCCCACCGCCCGGUAUGACAAUUUGGGACAUUGCGGACGUGCUCGGACACCAUACACCAAUCGAGGUGAUUGAUGUCGAGUCACAAACAUCGUCCUUUUCCUCGACUAACUCGACCUCCAGCAAUUUUGUCACUCACGGCCGCAUACAUCACGCUUGGAAUCUCGCCACGUGGGCAGAGUACUUCUAUACUGCUGCAGAGAAACGAAGAAAAGUCUUGAACGUCAUCAGUCUCGAGGUCAGCGGCACGCCCAUGGAGGAGUUCGUCCAGGCACCAGAGUUGGUACGGCAGCUCGAUUGGGUCACGAGAGACUGGCCUAGUGACAAGAUCAGCACUGCUCAGGCGACUAUGAAAGGCAGCGAUGGAACGUCUUGGCCGAAAGUGCAACGUUACGUAUUGAUGGGGGUGCAAGGAGCGUAUACGGACUUUCACGUUGAUUUUGCUGCUAGUUCGGUGUACUAUCAUGUCGUCUUUGGUCAAAAGACUUUUUUAUUCGCUCCGCCGACGACCCGCAAUCUCAAGCAGUACCGCCUCUGGUCCUCUUCCACCCGGCAAGAUGUGGAGUGGCUUGGCAAAAAUCUCGAGCAGUUGACCCGAGUCGAUGUGUUCGCGGGUGACACGCUCCUUAUUCCAAGCGGUUGGAUCCACGCGGUCUACACGCCAUUAGAUACUCUUGUUGUGGGCGGCAAUUUCCUUCAUGACUUGGGCGCUGCAAUGCAGCUCCGUCUCGUCGAGAUUGAGAAUCAGAGUCUCGUGCAGAGAAAAGCCAAAUUUCCCCAUCUGAAGCGGCUGUUAUGGUACGUCGCGCACAAUUGGACCGGGCGGUUGAAGGGCUGCACGCAGGCAUCGCCACUGGAAGCAAUUCCCGUCUUACCCCCUCGUAGAAAAGUUUUUCCGGGCUUGCGGCUGGUUCUGCAAAUGCUUGAGGACGACAUCGAACUCUUAGAUGAGGUUGCAGCAGGGUCAUCCAAGUCUCCUCACGGCCCUGCAGCAUUGAAGAAAGAAGUCAAGGCUGCGAAGGAAGCAAUUCCGUUUGGUCUAGCGAAAGACAACGCCAAAAAUGGCAGAGCCAUGCUUGUCGAGCUCAGAGAACUGCUGGACAAAAAGCAAGAGGCACACAAACCCAAGCAGGAAGGAAAAGCGGUCAAAGCAACCUCCGCAAUCACAUCGGAGGGCGUGAAGCAAAAGAAAACACCCGCCGCGCAGCCAAAGCGCAAAGCUUCGCUUGCCGCUGACGAUGUUGGCUCGGGCAAGCGCUCAAAGGCCGAUCCAGCUGAGCCUUCAAAGCCGUUGCCAAAGAUUGCGGUUGCUCCCAAGCGUAAGAAUGCAAAGCAACCUAUCGUAAAAGCUGCCAAAACGACGAACCCGGUUCCCUCGGAACAUCCUGCAGCUGACGAGACGGGCUGGCAAGGCAUGAUACGCGCUGCCGCCUUGGGGUUGCGUACACGAUGAUGUUGGUGGGUGUCAUUAUUAGAGUCUUGUCAGUCCUUGGGGUUGGGUGAGGUACAUGAACGAGCCUCCACAGAGGCCAGAUGUCUUUAGUAUGUUAACAACCCACCAAGAGUAGGAUGCCGGAUAGGGCCUCAGACGAAGAUGACGUUGGUAGUUCAUGAUCACGUGACCCCCCUGGCGAUGCAGGUUCAAUUUGGAGAGCCAAUCAUUAAACCCUAACCAUAUAUUCUCUCUAAUCCUAAUGCAACAGCGUGCAAAUGUUGGUUCAUCGUGUAUCUACUUCAUCUGCG